AUGCCUUCCGCCCAGGAAAACAAGACCAAACUCAUCGCUAAAGCGACGAAGAGCAUCAAGCAAGAAGACCUCAUCAACAUAUCCGCCGACGCCGCAACUAUCGAGGCUUGCUUCACUCUCAUCGCCAUGUCUCGCGGAACUCAUAAAAUCAAGCAACAAUGCCAAACCUCUGCUUGCAACAAUCUGACAGGUGAGCUAGUAAUCCGACCCAAGACGGCUGGCUGA